UUACCUUAGUACAAGGAGCUAAGGUUAUAUUCUUACAUAAUCAAUUAUUUUCAGAUGGAUUGUACAAUGGUUCUAUUGGUAUAGUAUUAGAAAUUCUUGAUGAUGAAAAUAUAAUAGUUGCAUUUCUAUUAGCUCAAGGAAUUUCUUGUACAAAAGUUGUUAAAGAAACAGUUUACUUCAACAUACAUGAAAAUUCACCUUCAAAUAAUUCUAAUUCUAAAUAA